AUGUCAAACAUCGAAUAUCGAACGAUCAUAAAAUUUUUUACUCUAAAAGGGCUGAAUGCCACCGAAAUCACCGAAGAACUGAAAGAGGUUUAUGACGAAUCGGCUCCAGCGUACAGCACCGUUGCAAAAUGGGUGGCUGAAUUUAAAGAUGAUCCAACACGCGACUUUAAAGACGCACCACGAAGUGGUCGUCCAUCGACGACAACUACUGAUGAAAAUAUUAAAGCCGUGGAACAUAUUGUGAUGCGUGAUCGACAAAUUUCCGUUCGUCGCGUAGCUGCCGAGUUGAACAUCCCAAAAACUAUUGUUCAUGAAAUAAUGAGCAAUUACUUAGGUAUGCGCAAGGUCUGCGUUCGUUGGGUACCGAAAUUCUUGACUCCACUUCAACGCGCUAACCGAGUAGAAUGUUGUCAGGAGCUCCUGCAGGCAUGUGAACUGAAUUCGGCCCAAUUUCUCAGUCGUAUCGUAACCGGGGAUGAAACAUGGGUGCAUCACUAUGAUCCGCUCAGCCACCAGGAAGCCCGGGUCUGGAAGAAAUCAGGAGAAGAAAUACCAACUCAAUCCGUUCGGAAACGAUCCGCAGGCAAGGUCAUGCUCGUCAUUUUCUGGGACGAAGACGGCGUGCUACUCACCGACUACCUGACUGGUGGAAAGACGAUGAAUGGUUUCUAUUAUGCUUCACUUAUCGAGCAGCUACAUGCCACUAUUCUAGCGAAGCGUCACCGAAAAAUCAAUCAUGAAGUGCUAGUUCUUCAUGACAAUGCGUCUGUGCACAAGAGCAACGUCGUCCAAGCUGCUAUUCGUAAGGCGAAUUUUGGUGAA